AUGGAAUUUUUCGCAGACUGGUCCUCUCUUCCGGCCGACCUCAUCAACCGCAUCGCCGACCGCUUCCUAGGCACAAGUGACGUCGACUACUACAUGGACCUCCGUGCCGUCUGCCAUAGCUGGCGCUCCGCCACCCAAGACCCCAAGAAUUCCCCGGACCCUCGCUUCCACCCCCGUCACUGGGUCAACAUCAACGGAGCCUCUUGCCGCUCCAGCACGCGCCUCUUGGUGAACACCGCCACUGGCCGAACCCUGCGCCAGGAACUCGGUCUGCUCCGUCACUAUAACUCUAUCAGAACCACCACAGAUGGUCUCCUCGCUUUCACAGGCUACUUGAUCCGUUUUAUGGCGCACCGACCCUGCGAGAUCGUGGAAUAUGCUGCCCUCGAGUCCGGUUCUUCACCCACCAUUUUCUUUUUCUGCAAGGACUACAUGGAUGAUAACUGGGUUAUACAUGAAUCGUCUCGUAAGGUCUACAUGGCUGAGCCUGACAGUGAGUCUCUCGUCAUCUAUGAGGACAUGUGUGCUUUCCCUUUGAUCAGGCUGGCUACCAGCGGUAUCUACACUAUUCGCGGUGCUGACCUGGGAUCCGUGGCCAGAAGGAUCUUUGAUCUAAUGAGGUUUUACAAGGCCGAUCUUGCUGAGAUAUCUGACAAUGACUAUACCAUGAUGUUGGACGAAAAAUCUUUAUGGAAGCUUUGUGUAGGACGUUGUUUCCUAACGGAAUCUGCUGGAAAAGUGUUGAUCAUCAUGAAGCUAGCACAAGGCGUCGUGGUCUACAGAUUACACACUCACAACUAUAAACUCGAGCAUGUGGAGGACAUUGGCAACUGUGCCAUCUUCUUAGAUCUGUAUUGUUGGUGCUUGUGUGUUAAUGCUGAUAAAUUUCCAUCCGUCCAUGCCAACUGCGUCUAUUACCAGAAAAGCCAACUAGCUGUUGCUAAUUACUUGUGCAUGUAUAAUCUCAAGUCCGAGAGAGAAGAAAGAGUUGAUGAAAAUUUUGAGCAUCUUCUUUUGGACCAAACGCUGUCUCGGCUUUAA